AUGACCGACAUCGACAUUCCCUACUACCUCCAUCAGGAUGCCCCGUACAUGUCCAAACCCGUGGUGGCAUGCGACAAUCUCCAAUGGACAACGAGCCCUGAACAGGAGAGCUACCAGCAUCUCUUAUACAGCGAGUUUGUGACGGCCACGUCUGACAAGAAGCGGACCAUGGAGACUUGUAUCUGGGUGACGGCCGUCUUGGAUUUUCUCAAUGGAUACGGACCUGGAAACCUGGUGACGAUUUACUGGUUUCUGGACAGGAUCAUUCCUGACUCGUUGUCGUCCGAAUACGCCAAGAGAUGGACCGAGUGGUCUGAGCUAGCCAAGAGACAUGUUGAUAGGCGCUACAGCCAAGCUGAUGAAGAAACAAAGGCUACACUUCGGGCGGAAGGAAGACACGAGCUGAAUAUCACAGAACAGAGACAUGUCCCUUUGCUGGCUCUCCUGGAGGCAUUGUUGGGUGACGACUGGCAAGGGAAAUGUCAGACAGCUGUCGAUUCUGCAUCAGUCCGAGACUUCUCCGAUGAAACGGCAUAUCAACAUACCAUGGAUACUUGUCGAUCUUUUCUUGAGGUCAAGUACUGA